CUUAUUUCCAUUAAAUGUCAAGGUACACAUUUGUUGUUACACAUCUGGAAAACUGCUCAAAAUCGUAAUAAUAUUAAGUAAUGGCCAAGGAACCGGAGAAACCGGAAAAGAACCCCAAAAAGGAGCCACCCAAACCCGAAAAGAAAGUCCAGGAGCCUGUUGUUCGGUCUGAGGAGAGCAUUACCCACGACAAGUGCAUCACGGACUUUUGCCUCAAGGGGGGAAGUGGUCUCCUAAUCGGCGGCGUGGUCACUCUCUUCUUCACACGUCCCCAUACGUACCCGAUGUGGCUUGGCCUAGGAGUCGGCAUGGGAGUGGCCUACGACUGUUGUAAUGCCCGUUGGAGAGCCUACGAUGCAUACCACCGCUAGACCUCAACUAGCUUAUCCAAAAAUAUUAUUUUAGACGAGAAUUAAAUUUAUUUCAUAAAUGUACCUUGAUUUAAA